ACUAAAAGUGGAUGGUCGUACCUUCCUGAAGGAGAGUCCAGCAGCAGCAGCAGCCUCUGCUAGCAGCUCCCACUCAGAUGCUGCAGAGCUGCACUUCAGAGACAAAGUCCAGCAGGACCCAGGAGCACAGCUGCUCUCUCUGGACACACACACGGAGGAUCACCACAAUGAUGCCCCACAGAGGAGCUGUAAAUCCUGUGCUGAAGUUCCAGACUCCAGCCACUGGGUCCUGGUGAAGCCUGAAGUCUCCACAGAGAAGAGCGUCUCCACCUACAGCCUGAGCUCUCCUGCAGGGAGCUAUGAGUGCCCAGAGUCUGGUCUGCGCUGGACGUGUGCUGGUCCAGUCACCCUGCAGUACCGCUUCAUAGACUGGCAUCUCUUGGCUGAUGAGCUGCCCCACAUGCAGUACAGACCAGCUGGCCCGUCAGUGGACAUUAAAGUCAUCUCAGGAGAGCUGGAGGAGAUCCAUCUGCCACAUUUCCUCUGUUUGGGAGGUAGCCUGUCUUCUCUGAAGAAUGCUGUGGAGGUUCUGCAUAAGCAGGACAGUGGAGUGUUGAUAGAGAAGUGUGAGCUGAAUCGCUUCCAUGCCAGGCUGGUGAACCCCUCCUUUUCUGCUAUUGGGCUUUUCUAUUCUUUCAUAUCUCGUUUGUUCACUGGAAAGCUGCAUGCAGAUGUUCAGGUCUAUCGGAGCAGCAUAUUACCGCUUACUUUCCGCACAUACCUCCUGCCAGCGGACGCCCAUCUCACAGAGUUAGUGGAGAAACAGGAGAACUCGGAGGGGUUCAGAGGGUUCAGACUCCCCAAGCCCCGGCCUGUGAGACCUCUGCAGAUGAAUGAGUUCUAUGCAUUGCACACUGGCUGCUUUAAGACUGACUGCUCAAAGACUGACUGCAACUCCACAAUCUACCCUGUAGAGCUGGACCUCCUAGACAGCCAUUUUGUUCCCAACUUCUCUGUGGUGCGCGUGAAGGAAGCAGGUGACUUCAAGAUGGAGCUCCUCAGCUCUGUAGACAACCAGCAAGUCUGGCAAGCAGAGAUCUUGGGAAUUGAAUGCUGUAACAAUCAGGACAAUGUGAACACCUCUGCUGGAGUUCCUGUCUCUGCAGUCCUACACACUGCUAAUAUCCAGAGCCCUGUGGAAGUGUCCACUACCAGCACAGAGGAGAUGCCCUCAGGCUCGUCCUCCAUUACGGCUCACACUGGUGGAGUUGCUGUGGCCCCUCGUCUCUCUGGCUCCUCUAACCCAGUCCAGCCAGCCUCAGCCUCGUCCUCCAUUACGGCUCAAAAUAGUGGAAUUGUUGUGGCCCCUGUUUUCCACAUCAAUAUUGAUCAAACUCCACCAAAGUGAACUUCCAGGUGUUACCCUUCAUCAUGAUUCAUGUUGCUCUAAAUGCCAAUCAAAUAAAGCUGUUUCUCAUUUUUAAAGACAAUUCAAUUCAAUGUAAAGUUCAUACUCAAGACUUAGUCCUCAGGCACUGUGCAUGAAUCUAGACAUAGACAGAGCCAUUUGGGAUUUGAUAAUAGAUAAUUAUGUAUAUAUCAUUUAUGUGAAAAGUUUUGAUUUUCUUCAUGCACACUAUCCUUUUUCGCUUUAAGCCCCAUUUUAGGCCACUGUUUGAAAUAUGCCACAAGUUCUAAGAUUUUAAUAAGGCUUAAUAACGAGGUAUUGUUUUGUUCUGAAACUUUAAAGUGGAAAGAUGCAUU